AUGCAUCACCUCCCACUACUCCUAUCAAUAAUCAUCGCGGUCGCAGCCCCACUAGCAGGGGCCAUCCCAGCCCAAGCCGGGACACACAGUGCGACACAAGUAUACCAAACAACCGACAAAUACCCACUCGCAAACCCAGGCAACAUCCCCGCCCACGACCCAAACAUCAUCCUGCACGAUGAGCACUACUACCUCUUCAAAGGCGGGAUCAACAUCCCAAUUUUCAAAUCCGCCAACAUAUCCGGGCCAUGGGAAAAGCUCGGCACAGUCCUAACCGGCGACAGCAUAAUCCGCAAAGGCAACCGGGCACGACCCUGGGCGCCAACAACAAUUGAAAGAAACGGCACAUUCUACUGCUACUACACGCUGAGCGCACGGGGGUCCCGUAACAGCGCGAUUGGCGUCGCGACGACAACAGCCCUCGACGGCAGUCCCUGGACUGACCACGGCGUCGUCAUUAACACGGGCACGGGCGCUGGGUCGGGAGUGUGGCCAUACACGAUUACGAAUGCCAUCGAUGCGUCUGUGGUUGUUGACCGGGACUCCGGCCAGGCGUAUCUCAACUAUGGAAGCUUUUGGCAUGAUAUAUGGCAGGUCCCGCUGGCGGAUGAUCUGCUUUCUGUGAAAGAUGCCGAUAAGCCGGAUGCGGUGCAGUUGACGUUUCUCCCGCGUGUUAAGCCUAAGCCUGAGGAGGGGUCGUGGAUGAGUUUUCGGGAUGGGUUCUAUUAUGUCUGGUUUAGUCAUGGGAAGUGCUGUAACUUCCAGGGUGGGUUCCCUGCGCGUGGGAAGGAGUAUAGUAUUCGUGUUGGAAGAUCGAAGAGUGUGCGUGGGCCUUUUGAGGAUAAGGAUGGGAGGUCGUUGCUCGAUGGGGGUGGCACGGUGGUUUAUGGUUCUAAUCAUGGGGUUGUGUAUGCGCCUGGUGGUUUGGGAGUCUUGGCUGGGAAUAAUGACUCCGUGUCGGAUAUUCUCUACUAUCAUUAUUUGAAUACGUCGAUUGGUUUUGAGCAUGCGCAAGCUCAGCUCGGCUGGAACUAUCUAGACUAUGAGGAUGGGUGGCCGGUGCCUACCGGAGGCCAAGAUGCUACCACGGCCAAUGUCGCCUUCGGUUAUGGACCUCCUAGCUGGGGUUACCUAGCAAGUGUUUUGGGUGUAUGGCUGUGCAUGGGGCCAUAG